AUGUGUGGCAUGACUCCUUCUAUCGUUGACGCCAGUGACCGUGCUGAGAAGGAACGGAUAUUCAGCACCGUUUCGAGGCAUCAGGGCCGUGUUCACGUUCUCGGGUCGACACUUUUUUUGAAGUCGCAAAUGUCGGUUUUACGAGACUCUAACGCGGGUUGUUCGGAUUUCCGUCGCGCAUCUGGAUGCAUAACAAGUAUGCUUAUUAGGGCGGCCAUCGAUCUUGGGUGGAUACGGUCUGAGGAGAGGUGUGUUACUACGCCGACUCAAGAAACUGUGAACGGAGUUAGUCUCUCGGAGGCUGGUCUCGUUGCCGUCAGCGUUGUUCGUGCUGGCGAGAGUAUGGAGGGUCCAGUCCGACAGAUAUUCCCUGAGGCCAGGACUGGGAAGAUACUCAUCCAACGUGAUGAGGAGACGGCAAUGCCUGAACUAUUUUAUAUCAAACUGCCGUCCGGCAAGUAA